AUGGACAUACUGCUGGUACACGAGAUCGAUGCUGCGAAUGAGCACAUCAAACCGAUGGAUACUCCGGAAUAUAUAGCCUCCCGUUCUUGUUUUAGAGGUCAUCCCCUUAGCAAUAUGGCGCUUCUCUACAUGGAGCAUAGCGUUGACUACGUUGUUAAAUAUCCAAAUGACGAUGACUCAGACAGUGAAGAUUAG